AUGACUGUCAUAUAUCUAUCUAUCUAUCUAUCUAUCUAUCUAUCUAAGUCCUCUUCAUAUCUAUCUAUCUAUCUAUCUAUCUAUCUAUCUAUCUAUCUAAGUCCACAUCAUAUCUAUCUAUCUAUCUAUCUAUCUAUGAAUAAAUGCAAAAGGAAAACUUUUCUUUACCGAUGCGGUCACCACUCGUCAGAUAUCACCAAUUCGCACACUACUUGUACAACCGCCGUCCUUAUUUCCUCUCUCUCUCUCUCUCUCUCUCUUUACUUCUCGCUUUAUUCUUUUCUUCUUCUUCUUCUUCUCUGUCAUAAAUGCAACAACAACCACCAUAACGAAUGUCACUAUCACGGCCCUCUCCUACAUCUCAACCAAAUCACCCCCAUAUCCCCAAUCACCGCCAGUUUUGGCCUUCCUUCGGAUAGAUACUACUCCGACUCCGGCAGUCUCCAUCACCACCGCCGCCGCCACCCCAGUCACACACCAAUCUUUUUCUUCUUCUUCUUCUUCCUCUUCGCUUUUUCCGACCAUUUUUCAUUAGGUUUCUUGCUAUUGUUUUUUGUUCAUUUAUUUUUCUUUCUUUCUUUCUUUCUUUCUUUCUUUCUUACUUUCUUUCUUUCUUUCUUUCUUUCUUUCUUUCUUUCUUUCUUUCUCCAACCAUUUUUCAUUUGGUUUGUUGCUGUUUUCUUCUUCUUCUUCUUCUUCUUCUUCGACCAUUUUUCAUUAGACAUUCUUCUUCAGUUGACGCCAUUUUUCUUCAUUAUUUUUUCUUUAUUUCUUUCAUUGAUUCUUACAUUCAUUAUCUUUUUCUUUAUAUUUUCAUUUUUCUUUCUUUUUUUUAAAAAAAAUUUUCUUCUAUUUUACUUCUUCAUUUUUUUCUUCAUUUUAGAUUUUCUUUCUCUCCUUUAUUUUUCCAUUUUACUUUCGUUCUUUGCACAUUUUCCAUUAUUCGUUCCUUUUGCUUCGUCAUUUCAGUCUUUCUUUCUUCUCUUUCUUUCUUUCCAGUCCCGGGAAACGAGUGAGAAGUGUCGAGUCCGGGGAGUCCGUUUGGUUGACUUUCUUAGCUUCGUGAUUUUCCUUCGUAAAUUUUGCGUCCGUUUUCUUCCUUUCCCUCGCACCCACCCCAGCUUUUCUUUUUUUUUUUUUUUUCGCUUUCCCAACUUUCACUUUUACUCCCCUUCCUCUCACUCCCUGCACUUGUUCUAUAACUCCCGCUGCUGCUCCUCCUCCCCUUCAUUUUCGCUCGCGUUCUCUCUCUCUCUCCCUUGUUUAAGUUCGUCUCUCGACAAUUGCAACUUGAGGACUUCUUCUUUCUUUCUUUACGUCGUCCUUUCUUUCUCUCUUCCUUCUUUCUUUCUUUAUUUCUUUCUUUUUUGCGUUUCUUUUAAUUUACGUUCCUCUUUCUUUCCGUUUCUUUUAAUUUACGUUCUUUCUUUCUUUCUUUCUUUUAAUUUACGUUCUUCUUUCUCUUUCUUUCUUUCUUUCUCUCUUCCUUCCUUCUUUCUUUCGUUCUUUCUUUCUUUCUUUGCGUUUCUUUUAAUUUACGUUCUUUCUUUCUUUCUCUCUUCCUUCUUUCUUUCUUUCUUUGCGUUUCUUUUAAUUUACAUUCUUUCUUUCUUUCUUUCUUUCUUUCUUUCUUUCUUUCUUUCCGUUCUCCUUUCUUUCUCUCUUUCUUUACAUUCUUUCUUUCUUUCCGUUUCUUUUAAUUUACGUUCUUCUUUCUCUUUCUUUCUUUCUUUCUCUCUUUCUUUUUCUUUCUUUCUUUCUUUCUUUCUUUCUUUCUUUCUUUCUUUCUUUCUUUCUUUGCGUUCUUUCUUUCUUUACGUUCUCCUUUCUUUCUCUCUUUUUUUACGUUCUUUCUUUCUUUCUGUUUCUUUUAAUUUAUGUUCUUCUUUCUCUUUCUUUCUUUCCGUUUCUUUUAAUUUACGUUCUUCUUUCUUUCUGUUUCUUUCUUUCUUUCUUUCUUUCUUUCUUUCUUUCUUUCUUUCUUUCUUUCUUUCUUUCUUUCAUUUUAACAUUCAAUUUUUACUCGAUCUUCGUCUGUUCAGAUAA